AUGACAAAGGCCUGCACUCUGGAGCUGGCAAAGUCCUGCACUAGUGUGGGUGCCCAUCCCGCUGACACAAGGGCUCCAAUCCCCCCAAAUGCUUCUUCAAGAGGAUGGGGGAUUCCCCACACAGAACAGCAUUACUGGGGAGUUGGAGACUAUGAUCUCCAAGUUGCCAUUACUGAAGCUUUAUGCAGAAUGACAUCAGAAAAACAAAGAGGAGAGCUAGCAAGCCAGUGGUUUUCUAUGGAGUUUGUUACUAAUGCAUUCAAAGGCAUUAAGGACUCUGAGUUUGAAACAGAUUGUAGAAAGUUCCUUAAUCAGGUGAAUGCCAUGCUUGGAGACAAAAGAAGGGUAUUUACCUAUCCUUGUUUAUCAGCCUUCCUGGGGGAAUAUGAGCUGCAGAUACCAGAAGACGACAAUCUUGAAGAAUUCUGGAUUGAUUUUAAUACUGGUAGCAGAAGUAUAUCCUUCUAUGUUGCUGCAGAUGAUGAAGCUCAUCAGUGGGAAACUGUAAGCAUACCUGAAGAAGAAGUUGAAACAUACAUUGUAAAAGAAGAGAAAGACAAAAAGACAUUAACAGUAAAUAUGAAAAAUCCAGUAUGUGUGGGUGAUGAAGAAGGAGAGAAAAUAAUAUUACAUUUUGAUUCUGCAUUGGAAAUUUUGGAUGCUGUAAGAAAAGUAUAUGGAGCAAAUAAAUGUCAGAACGCUGGUGAUAAAAAAGGAGGAAACGGAAAGAGCCAGUACCAUGAGGACGGCUAUGGCCCCAACUUCCCUCCACUGCAUAUUCCAGUCAAGAAAGGGAUAAAGGCGUUUCACAAAGAGGAAGAUUUAGACACCUGUGAAAAACAAAAAUUAGAUGAAUUAAAUGAUAUUGUUCCUGAUUCUCAGCCCAUGAACAGAAUUGACAAACCUUUAUUACCUGGUUUGGAAAAUUCUACUGCAGAAAAUAAAUCCCGGAAAAAGCAAAUGUGUUGGGUACCUGAGAAGAUAAUAUCACACUGUAACAAUCAAAAUAUGAGUGCAGCAGAAACUUCAAAUCUAAGUGACAGAGCUGCCAAACAAAGAGCUUUUUCUUCAAUAUUCAAAAUUACUUCUCCCAAGUUAAGACAUAAACAGGGUUACAAUGGAGAAAUUGUGGAGCAGAAGCAAAACGAAACCGAUAAGCUACCAGGGAAAAAUGGCAAGACCAACAGCCCAGAGUCAUGGAAUGAUUUUAAGCAUUUGGAAGAUGGAAUAUCAAAAAAUAGCAGCUCAAAGAUUGUUCCCAGCAAACCUCAAACAUUGCUUAAUGCCUCCAGGAAGACCAAAAGUUCUGUGGUACCUUCAGCGUUAAGCAUUGAAGCUAAUGGUGAAGUUGACUUUGAUGCUUGUCCCUUACGGAAGGAUGUUGCCAAUAAGAAAGCUGAACAGAGAGCAAAAUCAAAAGCAGUGGUUGAAACAACAGACAUGUUAAUACAUAAACUCAGUGACAGGUACCAACGAAGUGAAUGUGCAAAAAGUACCCGAAAAUUGUACCAGUCAUUUUCCAACAGCAGAGCAUCUUUAAGUAAAUCUGCUUUCAGUUUUAAUAAGAAAAACAGUCAGAACAAAGGUUCUAAAAAUCUGAAAUCCGAAACUCUGCUAAACAUCACUACUGGACACCUGAUGGAUGAUGUCUACAAUUUUAACCUAAAUGGAUUUGAUGAACCUACAAUAAAGCUGGGAAUCCAAGAAUUUCAUGUUACUAAAUUUAAAGCUACCACAAGUCUUUCCCAAAAAAUAAAUCAUGAAGAUGAAAGGAAAGCUAGAACUCAAAAGAAACAAGACAGAAAGGUUAUGAGAAAACUGCAGAGGAAGAAUUUGCUCAAGAACAUGUUUCAGUGA